UCAAUCGUCCAUUAGCUAUCGUUGAGCAAGGUUUUAUUCUCGUUUCGUCUCAUAUUGCCUCAUUUUUAAUACAAAGUUUUUGUUAAUAAUUAGCAGAGCUAACGUGUCAAAGUAAUCCUCUUCAAACCAAAUCACAAACGACCCUGACUUAUAGUUGAACAAAUCAAGGAAAUUGUCAACAAUGCAGCGUUACAGAGGUAGAGGAGGCGGUUUUGCACCUCGCAGGGGUGUGGGUCGUGGCAGGAUGCAAGAAGAAACUCAAACUGAUGAUGAGGAAGAAGUCACCGUAGAAAAUCUUCACAUCGAUGAAGUAGUUCCGCUUCUUCGACCUGAGAUCCCUGCAGCAUCCGGAUUCAGUGGCGACCCUUCUGGGAUCAUGUCACCCCAAAAUGUAACCAUACUCAGGCCCCUAAGUCUGCACGAAUUAGGUCUUGGCCACGAACCCAGAAACGUCAUGCGAGGACUUUGCCAUUCUCCAGGAGGCGUUCUCCCUGUGACACCGGCGAUGAAGGAAAUUAAUACGAAGGGACAUUCCGGCAGGGAGAUUGAUCUUGUGACCAACUAUUUUCGCGUAUUACGAGGUCAUGAUUGGGGUCUCCAUCAGUAUUUUGUUGAAUUUAACCCUCAGGAAGAUCAGACUUUCGUCCGUAAAGCAAUCCUUAGGCGGAACAAGGAUCUGAUUGAACACCGGUAUAUUUUUGACGGAACACUGCUCCACACCCCGUUUCUGCUCGAUGACAUCGACGCCAGUGGAAGAGUGGUGAUCAACGCAGUCGGAAAAGAUGACACUCAAACUGUGGUGACAUUGAGAUACAUCAAAAGCACGGAAUACGGGGAUCCGAUCUACAUUCAAUUUUACAACUUGAUCGUGCGAAAAUGCAUGUUUGGAAUGGGUCUGGAAGAAGUUGGGCGUGGAUUUUUCGACGCAGAAAAAUGCAUUGAUUUCCCCAGUUUAAGCAUCCAGUUGUGGCCAGGUUUUUUAACAUCGAUCCAAAACCACGAUCUCGAUGUUCUUCUUUGUGUCGAAAUUACCCACAAAGUCCUCCGAACCGAAUCUGCGAUGGACAUUUUACUGUCAAUGCGUGCAAGUUAUAGGGGACCAAGCUUUGAGGAGCAUGCCAACUCUACUUUUGCGAACGCCAUCGUGAUGACCACCUACAACCACGCUACCUAUCGCAUCAAGUCCAUCGACUUUAACGCCAACCCGACGAACACCUUCAAAAAUAAGAAGGGCGAAGAUGUCUCAUAUCAAGAUUACUACCAAAACAAGUAUCAGAAGCAAAUCACCAGUUUGGGACAACCCCUCUUUAUCACAGUUUCGACGAUAAGGCCGCCCAAAAAUGUUGAGGCUCAAGUCGUCGCCCUCAUCCCAGAAUUAUGCAUAUUCACUGGACUUUCUGAUACGAUGCGAGCCAAUAAUAGUUUGAUGCGAGAGCUGUCAACGCAUUUGCAUAUGGUACCGACCAAGAGGGUUCAAGCGAUUCAAGGAUUUAUGCAGAGACUGAUGGAAACUCAGGAGUUGCUCGUCGAAUUGGAGGAAUGGGGGCUUCGUUUCCAAACCAAUAUGAUCACCGUGCCUGGCCGAGUCCUUCCCCCAGAACCAAUCCUAUUUGCAUCCGGUACCGAGAUCCCGAAUAAUAAUGAGGAUUGGACGAAAGCAUUUAGAACUCAGAAAUUGUUCCGUCCUGAAUCAAUCAACAAAUGGGUCCUCGUCGCAACACAGAAGGACUCUCAAAAUGCUGCAAAUUUAGUCAGGACAAUGCAGAAGGUAGCGACUCCGUUAGGUUUCAACAUUCGGCAGCCUGAAAUGAUCAUAAUCUCCGACCCAAAAGCCCAAUGUUACAUGAAAGCGAUUGAUGACCUCUAUCCAAGGAUAAAAGAACUUCAAAUGGUGUUUGUCGUCCUGUCGUCAACGUCUGCACAUAUUUAUGGAUCAAUUAAGAAACGGCUUGUCGUGGACUUUGGAGCAAGCUCGCAAUGCUUCCUCACCAAAAAUCUCACCUCUAAGGGAAUCAUGUCAAUCGCAACGAAAGUAGUGAUUCAAAUGACUGCCAAAAUUGGGGGUGAACCUUGGACGGUGAAAGUUCCCAUCAAGAAUCUCAUGGUCGUCGGCUUGGACUCGUACAACGACACGUAUUCCGUCGUUGCCUCUCUGUCAAAAGAUUUCACCAAAUAUUUCAGUGCAGUUGGGACCAAAAACAGCAAUGGGAACAUUUUUUGCUCGGAUAUGGAAAAAUGUCUCACAGCAUAUCGCAAACUAAAUAAGGAGCUACCUGCACGAGUUGUAAUUUACCGAGUUGGAAAUAUCACACAUGAUUCAGGACGUGAUGAGACUGAGGCUCGUGAAAUAAAGGCCAUGAUGAAAGAAAUGUAUGAACAGGCUUCCACUGACCCUCCAACGCUGACCUAUUUGAUCGUGUGUAAACGAAUAAAUACGAGAAUGUUCGCUGAAAAUGGGAACGGAGGGUUUGACAAUCCUCCGCCUGGGACUAUUGUCGACGACACGAUCACGUUAAAGGACAAAUAUCAAUUCUUCAUGAUUUCUUCAACCGCUCGUCAAGGAACGGUGGCCCCAUGUUCCUACAUUGUGAUUUAUGACGACAGCAACCUGCAAGCGGAUAAGUUGCAGUACCUUACCUACAAAUUAUGCCACAUGUAUUUUAACUGGUCUGGAACUGUGUCUGUCCCAGCGCACGUUCAAUACGCUCAUAAGUUAGCACAGAUGACCAGUGUUGCUUACGGUGGGGGCCAACCGAGCAAGGAUUUGUCAAACAAUUUAUUUUAUUUGUAGACAGAUAUUUCAGAAUUAUUAGUAUUUUAAUGAAUUUUAUUUUGAUAUUUUAACCAGUACUAAUUUCUAGUUUUAUCAGGAUUGAGACAUUCACAGAGAGAAGUUUAAUUACAAUUUUGUAACUUAUUUUGUGUUGAUUUUUAAUGUUAUACAAAUGAAAUACGUACGUGAUCUCCCUAGUCAAUCGCACACAAAAUAUUCGAAUUACGAAUUUUAAGAGAAAUAAUUAACUUGAGCAAAAAAUUCGAAUUUUUACUUAUUCACCAAAAUUGUACUUGUUUUUGUUAUACAUGAAUUAAACCAAACACUUGUUAGAAACAAUUAA